CUCAACGCAUCGCGCGUCGAGCCGCAGACCGUCAAAUGGCCCAACUGUGCCAACACCAACCUCGUAGUCAAGGCAAAGCGAAUCGCGCUGGGUAUGUGCAUCAUGUUCGCCGGCUUGGCCUUGUGGGUCGUGGCCUUCUACCUGCCUUACGCCUGGUUCACGCUGACCUUCAACUACUCCUACGGCCAGGAGCCUGGCUUCGUGGCCGGAAUGACCUUCUCUAUGGUCGUUGUUGCUGGCAACGCGCUGAUGUAUUUGGUCUGCAGCGAGGUUGCGGAUCGCACGCGGUUCAUCUACAUCGACGACCGCGAGGUCUGCUACAUGUUGCUCUACUGCUUCGCCUGUGUCUUCAACGUUGCCCUGGAUCUGAUCACCACCUACAUGGUGGCCUACCGGGUGAACGUGGGACUUCGCAUGAAGACUUACGACGGAACCCUGCUGAGCAACCUCCAGUCGUUCUCCGACCGCUUUGAGAGCUACGCCAUGCAGCGCACGCUGGCCAACAACCUCUACGCCUACGCCUUCCCGGCUACUUUCCUCAUUCCCUUCCUUAUUGAGCCGGUCGCCACCAUCUACGCUCCCUACAAGCUGAUGGUGAUGAUCGUACGCACGCAGCCGCACAUCAAGGGUUUCAUGGCAGAGAACCUUCUGGGCGGCCUUGUGUUUGAUCUCUCCCGCUACGCGGACCUGAUGUUGGAUGCCAUGAUCGCCGUGCUGAUCUUUUUCUUCCCAGGCGGCUUUAACAUUCAGAUGUUCUUGGGCAUGGCAUUCUCGCACAUGUACAUCUAUGCCUUCGACCACUACCGUGUCCUUCGCUCCAUCCAGAGCUGCAACUACACGGCCGCUAGGCUCGGACAAGAUGGUGGACUGGUGGUCGCAGUGGCACUUUGGGCAGCAAAAGGUUAA